UGUUUCAGUAUUUAGUGCCACUUCGUAUUGAAUGGGAACUUGAACGCACUGGGAUGUGAGAGAAUAUCGCAUUGGUUGAGUGGCUUUCAGCACGCACCCAACAGUAGUGACUCGGCUUCAUUCCAGUUUGGCUGCGCCCCUUCAUGGAAAUGGAAUCCGGACUUCCCGCUAAUCGGAGUCCUUCUCCGAUGUCAUGGGUAAACCUCUCUAGGAAUUUAAUAUUGGCAUAUCAAAGCUUUGGUGUUGUAUACGGAGAUUUAAGUACAUCACCUCUCUAUGUUUUUACAAGCGCAUUUGAAGGGAAGUUGUUGAAGCACUAUGACGAAGAGACCAUCUUGGGCACAUUUUCAUUGAUAUUUUGGACCCUGACAUUCAUACCCUUGCUUAAAUAUGUGCUCAUCUUGUUGGCCGCUGAUGAUAAUGGUGAAGGUGGGACAUUUGCUCUCUACUCACUGCUUUGUAGGCAUGCCAAGUUUAAUUUACUUCCUAACCAACAAGCAGCUGAUGAGGAGUUGUCAUCCUACAAAUAUGGUCCCUCUUCACAGGCUGUAAACUCUUCCCCAUUAAAGAGGUUUCUGGAAAGGCAUAAACGGUUAAGAACGGCACUUCUAGUUGUGGUAUUGUUUGGUGCUUGCAUGGUCAUAGGUGAUGGUGUUCUCACUCCUGCAAUUUCAGUUCUAUCAUCAGUGUCAGGAAUACGAGCAACUGGGAAAAAAAUCACUGAUGGUGUACUUGUCUUGCUUGCUUGUGUCAUCUUGGUUGGCUUGUUUGCUCUCCAGCAUUUUGGCACCCAUAAAGUAGCAUUUAUGUUUGCACCAAUUGUUAUAGUCUGGCUUAUUUCGAUUUUUUCUAUUGGGCUCUAUAAUACAAUAUAUUGGAAUCCAAAGAUAGUUCGAGCUUUAUCUCCUCAUUAUAUCUUCAAGUUCUUCAUCAAGACUGGUAGAGAAGGCUGGAUUUCUCUUGGAGGGAUUCUUCUCUGUAUAACUGGAACUGAAGCUAUGUUUGCCGAUCUCGGUCAUUUCACUGCUACGUCAAUCAGGCUUGCAUUUGCUUUUGUGAUAUACCCUUGUUUGGUAAUACAGUACAUGGGCCAAGCCGCUUUUUUGUCUAAAAAUCUCAACUCCAUCCAUAACAGUUUUUAUGACUCAAUACCUGGACCUGUGUAUUGGCCUGUCUUUGUUAUUGCAACCCUUGCUUCCAUUGUUGGUAGUCAAGCUGUUAUCACCGCCACUUUCUCCAUCAUCAAGCAGUGUCACGCACUUGGUUGCUUCCCCCGAGUCAAAGUUGUACACACCUCAAAACAUAUAUAUGGACAGAUCUAUAUCCCAGAAAUAAAUUGGAUACUUAUGAUCCUCACUCUUGCUAUAACCAUUGGAUUUCAGGACACAACCUUAAUUGGAAAUGCUUACGGACUUGCUUGUAUAACAGUCAUGUUUGUGACAACAUUUCUGAUGGCUCUUGUCAUCAUCUUUGUCUGGCAAAAAAGUGUUCUGCUUGCUGCCAUAUUUCUUUUAUUCUUUUGGGUAAUAGAGGCUGUGUAUCUAUCAGCAGCAUUCACAAAAGUGCCUCAAGGAGGAUGGGCUCCUCUUGCCCUGUCGUUCAUCUUCAUGGUUGUCAUGUAUGUAUGGCAUUAUGGUACUCGUAGAAAGUAUAACUUUGAUCUCCACAACAAAGUUUCAUUAAAAUGGUUAUUAGGUUUGGGUCCUAGCCUUGGCAUUGUCCGCGUCCCAGGGAUUGGUCUCAUCUACUCAGAACUGGCAACAGGAGUACCUGCAAUAUUUUCUCACUUUGUAACAAAUCUCCCUGCAUUUCACAAGGUGUUGGUUUUUGUUUGUGUAAAAUCAGUUCCUGUUCCAUACGUAUCACCUGAAGAACGAUUCCUUGUUGGGCGAGUUUGCCCCGGGCCUUAUCGAAUGUAUAGAUGCAUUGUUAGAUAUGGGUACAAGGACAUUCAAAGAGAUGACAAUGACUUCGAGAAUCAGCUCAUACAGAGUCUAGUUCAGUUUAUCCAGAUGGAAGCAGUUGAACCACAGUUCUCAAGCCCUGAAAGUUCUUCACUUGAUGGGAGGAUGGCUGUAAUAAGCACCAGAAGCUUAGAGUCAACUUCAACACUAAUAGUGUCUCAGCAUGAGGAUGUUGGUGUGGACGACUCCAUCCCCAGCAGCAAAUCAAUUACCCUGAGAAAUUUGCAAUCCUUUUUUGAAGACGAUGCCACACAAACCAGGAGGCGUCAAGUACGAUUUCAGCUACCUAACAAUCCGGGUAUGGAUCCUGCUGUGAAGGAGGAACUUUUGGAUCUAAUUCAAGCAAAGGAGGCUGGGGUUGCAUAUAUCAUGGGCCACUCAUACGUAAAGGCAAGAAAGUCGUCUUCAUUCUUGAACAAGCUCGCAAUUGAUGUUGGAUACUCAUUUCUACGGAAAAACUGCAGAGGUCCAGCCGUGGCCCUUAACAUUCCUCACAUCAGUCUCAUCGAAGUUGGGAUGAUAUACCAUGUCUAAUUGUUGAUGAAAUUUGCAACUUUACUGGUGGAGGUAAGGGUAGCUCUUUUAGAAGUGGCUAUUCCCUGUUCACGUGGGAAUAUGCAUUCUGACACAGGGUAGAGGUUAUGGUCAUGUCUAUCUUUGCCUUAUGCUACUCUCCUUCUAUGUAUAAAUUACCAAUAUAUAUGUGCUUUUUUUUAAAUAGAUAUUUCAUUUUAAACCUGAGGACUCCAAACUUGACCGUCUCCUGUUAUUGCCUUCUGGUAAUUACUCAAGCUUGGCCAAAAAAGUCAUUUAAUGGUGAGACAUUUGCGUUAGAGAUGAAUCAGUCAAUGAGAUGUGCAGAGUAUUUAGGUAAAUGAAAAUGUCUUGCAGAUC